UCUCCCCCUGGUCCCUAGCUUCCCUCCCUUCUCCCCGCCCCUGGAGUGACUGGCCUCCGGGCCCCAGGCGGGAAGCGGGGAGGGGCUCUUACCCACACCCCGCCCAGCGCUGGGGGCUCGACUCCCUCCCUAGGUCGGGGCUGGGGAGGGGCCUGAGCCGCCGGUCCGGUGCUCCCGCCCCCUGGCCAUCCCUCUUCCCCCUCCCCCUCCCCAAGUCCCGGAGGCGCCUCUCCACGGAUCGGGGGCGGGGCCGGUCACUAGGUUGAUGGUCCCGCCCUCUUUCCCCCCCAUCCCCCGCGCCCUCCGGUUUCCGGGGCCUGUGGGAUGCGGGGACCCGAGCUGUCGGCGGCACUGUAUGUAGCUCAAUCCUUUGAGCCUGGGGACUGAGCUGCAACUGGCUCCCCCAGUUUACAGCCCCAUCGCCGGGGAAACUUUGCCAUUCCGGAGACUCAGAUUUGGCACAGCAAUUGACGAACUGCCCCACCAAUCUCCCAAUCUUCCUCCCUUCUCCCUCAAUCCCACUCCACCUCCCUCGCUGCCUUCCCCUCCCAUCGACCCGGAUCGCGCUGCGUCUGACUGAUGGGACAGCAAACCACUCGGAGAAAGGGAGUUUGACUGACCGGGUUUUGGAGAUUUGAAAUGUAUCAAAGUACUGAGGAUUAUGCACUAACAACUGGUAGAACUGAUCUGACAACUUAUUUGAAUCUUGCUUUUUCUUGCACCUUGCAACAGAUUUACGGAUCUUUUACACAGUGUACUGAAUCAGUUGCUGAUAUGUGUUCAAGAUGAGUGGGAUGGGAGAAAAUACCUCUGACCCAUCUAGGGCAGAGACAAGAAAACGCAAGGAAUGUCCUGAUCAGCUUGGACCCAGCCCUAAAAGGAGCACAGAGAAACGCAACCGUGAACAGGAAAAUAAAUACAUCGAAGAACUUGCUGAGCUGAUUUUUGCAAAUUUCAAUGAUAUUGACAAUUUUAAUUUUAAACCUGACAAAUGUGCAAUCUUAAAAGAAACUGUGAAGCAAAUUCGUCAGAUUAAAGAACAAGAGAAAGCAGCGGCUGCCAAUGUAGAUGAAGUGCAAAAGUCAGAUGUCUCAUCUACAGGUCAAAGUGUUAUUGACAAGGAUGCACUUGGACCAAUGAUGCUUGAGGCCCUUGAUGGCUUCUUCUUUGUAGUAAACCUGGAAGGUAAUGUUGUAUUUGUUUCUGAAAAUGUGACACAAUACCUAAGGUAUAACCAAGAAGAGCUGAUGAACACAAGUGUAUACAGCAUCCUACAUGUAGGGGACCACGCGGAAUUUGUAAAAAACCUGUUACCAAAGUCUUUAGUUAAUGGGGGACCUUGGUCUAAUGAAGCUCCUAGAAGGAACAGCCAUACCUUUAAUUGUCGGAUGCUUGUAAAACCUCUUACUGAUUCUGAAGAAGAAAGUCAUGAUAGCCAAGAAGCACAUCAGAAAUAUGAAACUAUGCAGUGCUUUGCUGUUUCUCAACCAAAGUCCAUCAAGGAAGAAGGGGAAGAUUUGCACUCCUGCUUGAUUUGUGUGGCAAGAAGAGUUCCUAUGAAGGAAAGGCCAGUUCUUCCCUCAUCGGAAAGCUUUACUACUCGCCAAGAUCUCCAAGGUAAGAUCACUUCACUGGAUACUAGCACCAUGCGUGCAGCCAUGAAACCAGGGUGGGAGGAUUUGGUAAGAAGAUGUAUUCAGAAGUUCCAUGCCCAGCAUGAAGGAGAAUCUGUAUCGUAUGCCAAGAGGCAUCAUCAUGAAGUGCUGAGACAAGGACUGGCAUUCAGUCAGAUCUACCGUUUUUCCUUGUCUGAUGGCACUCUCGUUGCUGCCCAAACGAAGAGCAAGCUCAUUCGUUCCCAGACUACUAAUGAACCUCAGCUUGUAAUAUCCUUGCAUAUGCUUCACAGAGAACAGAACGUGUGUGUAAUGAAUCAGGAUCUGACUGGACAAGCUAUGGGGAAACCAUUGAACCCAAUUAGUUCUAGCAGCCCUGCCCAUCAGGCCAUAUGCAGUGGGAACCCAGGUCAAGACAUGACCAUCAGUAGCAAUAUAAAUUUUGCCAUAAAUGGCCCAAAGGAACAAAUGGGCAUGCCAGUGGGCAGGUUUGGUGGUUCAGGGGGAAUGAACCAUGUAUCAAGCAUGCAGGCAUCGACUCCUCAGGGUAGUAACUAUGCACUCAAAAUGAAUAGUCCCUCACAAAGCAGCCCUGGAAUGAAUCCAGGACAGCCAAACUCUAUGCUUUCACCAAGGCAUCGUAUGAGUCCUGGAGUGGCAGGAAGUCCUCGGAUCCCACCCAGUCAGUUUUCCCCAGCAGGAAGCUUACAUUCACCUGUGGGCGUUUGCAGCAGCACAGGAAAUAGCCAUAGUUAUACCAACAGUUCCCUAAAUGCACUACAAGCUCUCAGUGAGGGGCAUGGAGUCUCUUUAGGGUCAUCGUUGGCUUCUCCUGACCUAAAAAUGGGUAAUUUGCAAAAUUCCCCUGUGAAUAUGAAUCCUCCCCCACUAAAUAAGAUGGGAAGCCUGGACUCUAAAGAUUGCUUUGGACUAUAUGGGGAGCCAUCUGAAGGUACAACUGGACAAGCAGAGAGUAGCUGCCAUUCUGGAGAACAGAAAGAAAAUAGUGAUACCAACAUACCCCCUGUUGUCAGUGGUGAAAGGUCUGAUGGACAGAACAGACUCCAUGACAGCAAAGGACAGACAAAACUUUUGCAGCUCUUGACCACCAAGUCUGAUCAAAUGGAGCCUUCACCUUUGUCAGGCUCCAUAGGAGAAACUAAUAAGGACUCCACAGGUGGCUUGGCUGGUUCUGUAUCAACACAUGGAACCUCACUCAAGGAGAAGCAUAAAAUUUUGCACAGACUUUUGCAGGACAGCAGUUCUCCUGUGGACUUAGCAAAGCUUACAGCAGAAGCCACAGGUAAAGAGCUGAACCAGGAGUCCAGCAGCACAGGUCCUGGUUCAGAGGUGACUAUCAAACAAGAACCAGUGAGCCCCAAGAAGAAAGAGAAUGCACUACUUCGCUAUUUGCUAGACAAAGAUGAUACUAAAGAUAUUGGUUUACCAGAAAUAACCCCAAAACUUGAGCGACUGGACAGUAAAACAGAUCCUGCCAGUAACACGAAGUUGAUAGCUAUGAAAACAGAGAAGGAAGAGAUGACUUUUGAGCCUAAUGAGCAGCCUGGCAGUGAGCUGGACAACUUGGAAGAAAUUUUGGAUGAUUUGCAGAACAGUCAGUUACCACAGCUUUUCCCAGACACACGGCCAGGUGCCCCGGCUGGAUCAGUCGACAAGCAAGCCAUCAUCAAUGACCUCAUGCAACUCACAGCUGAAAACAGUCCUGUUGCACCUGUUGGAGCCCAGAAACCAGCAUUGCGGAUCUCACAAAGCACUUUUAAUAACCCUCGACCAGGACAGCUGGGCCGGUUAUUGCCAAAUCAGAAUUUACCACUCGACAUCACAUUGCAAAGCCCAACAAGUGCUGGACCUUUCCCACCAAUAAGAAACAGUAGCCCAUAUUCAGUGAUACCUCAGCCAGGAAUGAUGGGUAAUCAAGGGAUGAUAGGAAACCAAGGAAAUUUAGGGAACAGUAAUACAGGAAUGAUUGGUGGAAAUACUUCCCGACCUGCAAUACCUUCAGGAGAAUGGGGAUCCCCGGGCUCUGCAGUGAGGGUCACCUGUCCUGCCACAACCAGUGCCAUGAAUAGGCCAAUCCAAGGAGGUAUGAUUCGUAACCCAACUGCCAGCAUUCCUAUGAGACCUAGCAGCCAGCCUGGCCAAAGACAGAUGCUUCAGUCUCAGGUCAUGAAUAUGGGGCCAUCUGAAUUAGAGAUGAAUAUGGGAGGACCCCAGUAUAAUCAACAACAAGCUCCUCCAAAUCAGACUGCCCCAUGGCCUGAGAGCAUCCUACCUAUAGAACAGGCAUCUUUUGCCAGUCAGAACAGGCAACCAUUUGGUACUUCUCCAGAUGACUUGCUGUGUCCACAUCCUGCUUCAGAAUCACCAAGUGAUGAAGGAACUCUCCUGGAUCAACUCUAUUUGGCAUUACGAAAUUUUGAUGGCCUUGAAGAAAUUGACCGAGCUUUGGGAAUACCUGAACUAGUUAGCCAGAGCCAGGCUGUAGAUCCAGAGCCAUUUUCAAGUCAAGAAUCCAGUCUCAUCAUUGAACAGAAACCUCCAGUUUUUCCUCAACAAUAUGCGUCUCAGGCUCAAAUGGCACCGGGUAGUUAUACACCCAUGCAAGAUCCCAACUUUCACACACUUGGACAGCGACCAAGUUAUGCCACACUACGUAUGCAACCUAGACCAGGCCUUAGGCCAACUGGCAUAGUACAAAACCAGCCCAAUCAGCUGAGACUUCAACUCCAGCAUAGGCUCCAAGCACAGCAGAAUCGCCAGCCACUUAUGAAUCAAAUCAGCAAUGUCUCCAAUAUGAACCUGACCCUGAGGCCUGGAGUACCAACACAGGGACCUAUUAAUGCACAGAUGCUGGCCCAAAGACAGAGAGAGAUCCUGAACCAACACCUACGACAAAGACAAAUGCAUCAGCAACAGCAAGUUCAGCAACGAACUCUGAUGAUGCGAGGACAAGGGUUGAAUAUGACACCAAGUAUGGUAGCCUCUGGUGGCAUACCAGCAACUAUGAGCAACCCCAGGAUUCCCCAGGCAAAUGCCCAGCAGUUUCCAUUUCCUCCAAACUACGGUACUGGACUUACAUCCCCACCACCUCUCACCAGUCCUUUCUCCCCAGUGUCCCCCAGUCCUGGGUCACAGCUCCUCUCUCACAGCUCCUUGCAUGGCUCCCAGAUGAAUCUGGCUAACCAGGGAAUGAUGGGAAACAUGGGAGGACAGUUUGGGCCUGUCAUGAGUCCCCAAAUGCAGCACAAUACCUUCCAGUUUCCCAGCUCAGGAAUGAGUCAGCAGCCUGAUCCAGGUUUCACUGGGGCAACAACUCCCCAGAGUCCCUUGAUGUCCCCUAGAAUGGCACAUACCCAGAGUCCCAUGAUCCAGCAGUCUCAGGCCAACCCUGCCUAUCAAUCUUCUUCAGAGAUGAAUGGCUGGGCACAGGGAAAUAUGGGUGGAAACAGCAUGUUUUCACAGCAGUCCCCACCACACUUUGGACAACAAGCAAACACCAGCAUGUACAAUAACAAUAUGAACAUCAGUGUCUCCAUGGCGACCAAUACAAGUGGUAUGAACAACAUGAAUCAGAUGACAGGACAGAUCAGCAUGACCUCAGUGACCUCUGUGCCUACAUCAGGGUUGUCCUCCAUGGGUCCUGAGCAGGUUAAUGACCCUGCUAUGAGGGGAGGCAAUCUUUUUCCAAACCAGCUGCCUGGGAUGGAUAUGAUUAAGCAGGAGGGAGAUGCAUCACGGAAAUAUUGCUGACCCUGAAAGCUGCUGGUGGCUCUUUCUUCACUUAUCUGGGCUCUUACCAGUUUGAAGAGCUGGCUGCCUUUGUUUUGACCCAGCUGACCUGCAAGCCAGUUUUGCUGGAGCAAACUCAGCUUCAUCCUAACUACAGACAGGACUCAGCUGAUUCCCAAAGUGGAGUCAAAACGGCUGUUGCAGGAGGAGCGGCCUCUUCUUUGACAGUCUGAAGCUCGCAUACAGACAUUGCUCAGUCUGUUCACUGCAUUCACCUUAGUGCAACUUAGAUCUCUCCUGCGAAAUAAAUGUUGACAGGCAGUUUUCAUAACCAUGUCAGAUUGAAUGUAUUUAAAUGUAUGUAUUUAAGGAAAACAACCAUGCUCUUGUUCUGUUCCUGUUUGGUUCUAGACACUGGUUUCUCACUUGAUUUUCCCUGGCUAAUCAGUCUGGUGCAAAGAAUUGUGGUUUCAUUUGAAAAACCAUGUUUUAAGCUGGAGUCUGCAAUUUGGGAAAGAAGCAGGGCAGUCACUGGGAUGGAAUUGUAUGCACAGAGAUGCCUGUUAAGUUGAUCAAUUUACAAAAGGUCUUAGAAAAUAGCUGGACCUUUUUGAAAGCGCUAAGGCUCCUUCCGGAAUGGGUUUCCAUUCACCCAUCAGGCAGCAAUGAGCCUAUGGCCAGGCUCUUCAUAUUUAGAAAUACUUUCCUUUUUUUUCUAUGAUAGAAAACCAGCCAUCUCACAGAAAUCAUGAAGCCAGAAGAAAUGUCUGUUUUUCUCUUCUGCUCCCUGACCCCACCCAAUUAAGUUAUCUGUAGACUUGGUUUAGAGAUCUUUUAAAUCCACUCUAAUUAAUAUGCAUUACUGCUGGCUUUGAGAUCUUCUUUACCCCAGAAGAGCCCAAUCCCACUGUAAGGAAGAAACCAAGUCAGCCCUUACAUGUCAUUAGGUGUUUGAUAGGUAUCAGCAACCUAUCAUGUGCCCACCCAAUGCUGAAUCCUGAAUUUCAGAAAACUGGGACAGGCACUGUCUGUGAAGUGUAUUCAUUCCUCUUUUCAUACUCCCCUGGCCUACAGUAUUGGGGGAGAUGUAGGGUGGGAAGUGGAGGUUGGGGGUUGGGGGGAAGACAAGUAAGGUAAAAAAACUGUGUUCAGAAUUUAUGGCAGAGAUCACUACAAAUUUAGCCGUCAUCAUCAUGUGUUUUUAUUUUGUUUCUUAGCCGCGCUGAUAAGCUGAAAUUUUGUAAGGUACAUGAAAUCCAGUUUAUAUGUAAACAAGCAAUAAUUUAAGUUGAGAACUUAAGCGUUUUAAUUGUAUGAUUUUUUUGUGAGGUAUACAUGUUGUGGAAUUGAUUCAAAAUGAGGUACUUCAGUAUUAAAUUAGAGAUCUUCAUAGCAAUGUGUCUCCUAAAGGUGUUUUGUAAAGGAUCCCAAUGCCUUGAAUAGACCUAAUUUGUAGGCUUAAGACUUUUUAUUUUCUAAACCUUGUGAUUCUGCUCAUAAAUCAUUUAUCUAAUCUAUAUGAUAUGCAGCCACUGUAGGAACCAAUUCUUGAUUUUUAUAUGUUUAUAAUUCUUUCUUAAUAAAUCUUAGAGAAACUAUGUUACUAAAGCCAACCACUUUUAAGGUGGUUUUUCUUGCCCACUGUGGUGCAUGAGUAACCUUUUACUAACUGGCUUCAGUUUCUGAGAACUGAAUACCAAGAAACUGGAGGCUUUUGGGGAGCUAUUUCCCAGUCCCUGACACAAAUACUUUCUUAUUUCACCUUCAGAGUGAUGUCUUUUUUUGAUGUCUAAAAUGCAGUGCAUUUUAUAACCAAUUAGCCAGGCCUUUUAGGAACAAAGGAGUUUUUCCUUGCAAUUUGAUUAUCUGGCCAGGUGAAAAUUACCCCUAUUAUAUUUAUAUCUCUCUAUAUAUUAUAAUGUGAAAAUAGGGAAAGUAUAUGGUGAGAUAUAAGCCCAAAGAGAUGAUACAGUCCCAAAGUGUUGGUCCACACUAAGGAAAUUUUCUGGAAUUCUGCAUUUCAAUACAUUUGUUUCUGAGUGAGAGAGAUGUUAAUAAUACAGGGAGGUAGCUAGGGAUAAGUACCUUGGAGAGGUCACCACUUCAUAUGUCCCCCUAGAAAGGCUGAGCUUAGUCAAAGCCAUUGGAUUGUCUAGCUGAGGUAGGAAAGUAAGCAGCUGUUGACCCUGAACUCCAUGACCUCAUUGAUAUAAUGAGAUUUGUAGUACAUCUUUGUUAAUGUAACCAGUUUAAAACUUUAUUUAUAGAAUGAGAAGAAUUUUGGUUUCACACAACCCAAGAGAAAAUGGGGUUUUAAAUUUUUUUUCUUUGGUGGGUGGGGCAUACAGUUCCUUUUUCAGUUGUUGCCGUCCAUGAGAGGCUCUCUUUUUGCUAAUUAACAAAUCACCAACCUCAUUAUAUUGGUUCCAAUCCUGAUGAACCUGCGGACUUGUUUUGUUUGUAAAUUAGGCUGUUUCAUAACCAUUACUCUUUUCAAGGUUAAUGAUAUUAUAUAUAAUCUUCUGGCUCAGAUCAAGUAAUGGAGCUUUGCUUUCCGUGGAAUUAAGGAGGAAAAAAUUGAGUGAAAGAAUCAUCUGAUCAUAUUGAUCAUACUCAAACAGGAAAAUUAAAGCCAAAUCAAAUCCCCUCAUUAUCAGUAUUUCCCAUCCUAUACACAGUAAAUUUGUUUGACAGAGUACUUGGUUUUUGUUUAAUAGAACAAAUAAUCAAUGUUCUAUUAUAUUACUAAAUGUGAAGGACACAUAAUGUGAAAAGUAUACAUACAUAAACUUGGUUGUUUGACCCAUUUAAGUGUUCAUGUAACGUGGUGAGUUUAAAAAGUGAAGUGAGCUGUUUUACUACAAUGAAUUAAUUUGUUUGCACUCAAAGUUGAAAAUAUUGACCCCACCCCCUCUUCUGCUAUGUUUUUUGGCCUGUAUUAAAUGAAAGCAAUGUUUUUGCCGUUUAUAUAAUACAAUUUUUAAUCUGUGUUUAAAAAUGGAGUUCGUCUGGGCUUAACACAUGAAAUGGGUGGCACAAUUAGUUCCACUUGCAGAACCCAAAGAUACACAAUCAGUUUUGAAAUGCAACUUAAGCCAUUAAUUAAUUGUUGGUGUGAAUUUAAAGUUUUCUAGUAUUUGUAUGGUAGUGUGCUGCCUAAGAGCAAAAGCAUUCUGUGCACAGAAUAAAAUUACUGUAGUGGCUUUGAUUUGAAUUAGAAUUUUCUCCCUGGUGUUUCUUUAUAGACUAAAACAAAACCUUUUAAGUUUCAUACUACAGGUAAAAGCUAUGUGCAAGAACCUCAAAAUGCUAAAAUCUAGCAUAAUGCCUUAGAUCUGUUUUUAAGUCUUGUAUAUUCCUACAUAGCUGUCUGAUGUAUUAUAUUUGUAUAGUGAAUUGUGUACAAUUUUGGAAUAAGUGCAUCAUCACUUAUCUUUAUGUUGUGAAACAGUGAUGAUGACACAUUUCUUCAAACAUUUAACUGUCUUUUUUUUUUUCUUUGUCAUUUGUGGGUUUUAUUUGUACAGUUCCUCAUGAAGUUGCAUCUGAAAUGUGUGUAUAUGAAAAGAUUAUACAAGGGUAAAAUUAAGCAAUAUAUUAACUAUGGUUCUUCAGGAGAAAGCUUACAAUGUUUGGGUUGUGAUUUACUUUCAAAACGGAGUUGACUCUGAACAUCACCUUGUUCACCUGCAUCGAUGUUUGUAUUUCUAGUGUGAGCAGUUUAUGCAAAGGUAGAUAUAUUCAGAGAAAUUUUAAAUACAUUUAUGCAAGUUAAUAUUGCUUUGCUGAUGCUAUUUGCUUAUUUGAUGUUAAAUAAUGCUAUUGUAAAUAAAGACUGUUGUUAUUGCAUCAUUUAAUAAAUUUUAAUGCCUUCGGGUUUUACAUGGCUUUAGAGAUU